UAGAAAAAUCUAAAUUCAUGGCUUUGUUUUCUUGUUUUUUACAGGAUUGGAAUCUGUAUCUGAUCAUUUUCAAUAUAUAACAGCCGGCCUUGUCUAUUCUCCCUUCAUCUUCAAGAUUCUCGCUCUAAUUCUCACUCUCCUCCCCUCUAUCUCUCUGUUCUGCUGCUCAGUGAUGGGGGUCUUAACCGUGUCUUUCUUUGUUCUUUGUAUUAUUGAGCUUGUUGCUGCACAGACGACCACUGACCGUGAUGAAGUGGCGGCUCUCAACAAGCUGAUAGAUUACUGGAAUUUGAGGAGCUUGAAUUCCAGUAUUGAUCCCUGCACCCAGAAUGCAACAUGGGCUAGUAAAGAUGCAAAUCCCCGAGUCGCCUGUGACUGCACAAGCAACACCUGCCACAUUACCCACCUGAAGAUAUAUGCUCUGGACAUUUCUGGUGAAAUUCCUCCAGAAUUAUUCGUGCUAAAGAAACUGGUGGACUUGAAUCUUGGUCAGAAUGUAUUAAGUGGCCCCAUCCCAGCUGAAAUUGGACAGUUAUCAAAUUUGCAAUAUCUUAGUCUUGGCAUAAACAACCUGACAGGGAGGGUUCCUUCUGAGCUGGGAAAUCUCACCAAGUUGGUUUCAUUAAGUUUUGGCUCGAAUAAUUUUUUUGGACCAUUACCUAAGGAGCUUGGAAAUUUGACAUCCUUACAGCAGCUGUACAUUGAUAGCAGUGGAGUGAGUGGACCAAUUCCACAAGAGUUUGCAGGCUUGAAAUCUCUUCAGAUUCUCUGGGCAUCUGAUAAUCUCUUCACUGGAAAGCUACCAGAAUUCAUCGGAACUUUAAUAGAACUCAGAGACCUGCGAGUUGAGGGGACAUUGCUUGAAGGCCCUAUACCAAGCAGUUUUGGAGCUCUAACCAAACUGGAGGACCUGAGAAUUGGUGAUCUGAGAGGGCAAGAUUCUUCUCUUGAUUUCUUGGGAAGCCAAACAAGCUUGUCCAUACUAUCUUUGAGGAACUGUCGGGUGUCUGGCCGAAUUCCAGACCAGCUUAGCACCUUCACUAAGUUGAAAUAUCUGGACUUGAGCUUCAACAAAUUGACAGGAGAAAUACUAAAAUCAUUCCAAGAUUUUGUCUCAUUAGAAUAUUUGUAUCUUGGGAACAAUAACUUGAAUGGAGAGCUGCCUGCAAAUAUCAUUAGUCAAGAGCUCAUAGCACUGGAUGUCUCCUUCAAUCCUCUUUCUGGGAAUUUACCACUAAAUAUCGCCAAAGUAGGAUUAUCGAUGAAUGUUCUUGGAACUUCCAUCAAUGCAAACAGUUUACAAGACAGGAAGGCUUCAGGGAUGUUGCAUUGCCUCCAAGGAAAUAUGAAGUGUACAAACAAAAUUCCAUCCUCUUCAUUUUCUAUCAAAUGUGGAGGCACUGAACAAAGGUCUGCAUCUGGGGUCAAAUUUGAUGAUGACUCUGAAAUACUAGGAGCUGCCUCAUUGUACACAAGCCCUGAUUAUCAAUGGGCAGUAAGCAACACUGGAAGCUUCAUUUCCAACCCAAAUGGACCUCAAUAUAUAGCAAAGACAGAUUCUCAAAUCAGGGGAACUCUUGAGUCUGAACUGUAUAAGACAGCAAGGGUUUCACCAAGCUCAUUGAGGUACUAUGGCCUGGGUUUGAAGAAUGGGAAAUAUAGGGUUGAGCUCCACUUUGCAGAGAUAGCCAUGGAGGACUCUGUGUCAUGGAAAGGCCUUGGAAGGCGUUUGUUUGAUGUUUACAUUCAGGGCGAGAGAGUUCUUGAAGGGUUCAACAUUCAAAGAGAAGCAGGUGGGUCAAAGAGAGCCUUGGUGAAGACACUGGAGGCAAAUGUCACAAACACAAUCAUGGAGAUUCAUUUCUUAUGGGCUGGAAGAGGCACUUGCUGCAUUCCAUUUCAAAGCACAUAUGGACCAUUAGUAUCAGCCAUCCAUGCAUAUCAAGUGUCGGAUGAAACUAGCUCUUCCUCCGAAAGCAACAAGAAGCGGAUAGGAAAAGUAGUUGGAAUAGUGGUUGGAUGUGCAGGAGGGGUGGUGAUAAUCUCAUCCAUCUUCUACUUAUGGUGGAAAAAGGAGGCAUCUGGGCAUACCCGAGUUCAAACAGAAUCACCCAGGAAAUGAUUUGACGAGUCGUCUAAGGAGACAGACUCCAUCCAUGUGGCCAAUAAAGUUGCAACAAUGUCUCCUACUAAAGACUCGAAAGCCGAUGCAUAUAUAUGUUAUUUAAUGUAGUAUUAUGAAAUGAUGG